ACUUGUCAUUGUCUAGGUGUCAUUUCCUCUUCUCAAAACAUUUAUGAUGUGGGCGACUUCCUCUUUUUGUCACGCGGCAAUAACGACACUGGCUUUGUACUUUUAUCCGGAGCGGCUGUGUGAGGAGAAAACUCACUCUUCGUUAUUGGGAUACGUCGGAUCAGCCAUGGAUGAAGAGGAGCUGCCUUCGUUAUCAACUGACAAACACAACGAGUCAUCAGGAAGAAGAGAAAUCAACCACUCCAGAGGAGCCAAAUCAUCCGAAGUAUUAUGGUCAAACGGUGUGUGUGCAGAAGGUGACAGGUCAGUGUCCGAGCUCCAACACGUCACCGAGAGUAUGAGCAUCACCUCGGCCGACCAGGAGAAGCUGCAGCUCCUCAAUAAGAACACGGAGCUCCGCAGAGUCAACAAAGAGCUGAUGAAGCUGAACGAGGAGUGGGACCAGACGUACCACAGCACCACACUGAGGCUGCAGCACAGGAUGGAGAGUUUAGAGCUGGAAAACAGCAGCCUGAAAGAGCUAAACAGCAAACUGCUGCUUAAAGUGGAGAACCAGCAGAGUGCCAAGGAUUAUUACGAGCAGGCACUCAUGCUGGAGUUGAAGAAGAAUGAAGAGCGCCAAGCAUAUAUCAGGCUAUUGGAGGGCAGAACGCACCAAAAGUGCAGUGCCUCUUCCAGGCCAGACGUGCAGGAUCUAAAAGAGCAGCUAGAGACUCUGCGGUGUCAGAACGAUAUCUAUGAGACGGAAUACCAGACGGAGCACAACAAGCACAAACACACACAGCAGGACAACCGCAGGCUGAGGAGGAAAAGGGAGGAGAUGCGCCAACAGGUGGAGCUACUGCAGGAGCAGCUCAAAGUGUAUGAGGACGACUUCCGACGUGAGCGGUCAGACAAACAGAUGCUGCAGAAGCUGCUGUUGAAAAAAAGCCUUCCUAGCAAGGAACCAGUUCUGGUGCACCGCUGCAAUAACACGUUGCCGCCACUAGAGGGAGACAAAGGCACACACAAUGAGGAGGGAGUCCACCCAGCGAGGGUACAGCACCACCUCCUCUGUCCCAAGCACCCAAACAGGGACAAAGACUGAGGAAAAAACAAUAUUCAUGUCGCAGAACUCAUGAAAAAAUUAAAGAAGACUUAAA